AUGUCCAAAGACUGCGGUAAGCACGGCGGCGGCGGAGGAGGAUCAGCCGCCAGUCGUAUCUGCGGAGCGAUCAUCGCCUUCAUCAUCAUCGUCUUGAUAACAAUCUUCCUCGUCUGGGUAAUCCUCCAACCAAAAAAACCAAGAUUCAUCCUCCAAGACACCACUGUCUUCGCCUUCAACCUCUCACAGCCUAACCUCCUCACCUCCAACUUCCAAGUCACGAUCGCCACUCGCAACCCAAACUCCAGAAUCGGAAUCUACUACGACCGUCUUCACGUCUACGCCACUUACCGGAACCAGCAAAUCACUCUCCGGACGGCCAUUCCUCCGACGUACCAAGGCCACAAAGAAGACAACGUUUGGUCUCCUUUCAUAUACGGAAACGCCGUUCCCGUCGCUCCUUAUAACGCCGUCGCUCUCGGCGACGAGGAGAAUCAUGGGUUAGUCGAGUUGAUUAUACGCGCCGACGGGCGCGUGAGGUGGAAAGUUGGGACUAUCAUCACUGGGAAGUAUCAUCUUCAUGCUCGCUGUCAUGCCUAUCUCAAUCUUGCUGAUAAAUCUAACGGAGUUCUUGUCGGAGAAAACGCCGUCAAGUAUACGAUGGCGAACAAGUGCAGUGUCAACGUUUAG